AUGGUGCGGGGGAACCUUUCAGUCUCUCCGGCCAACAAUCGAGACAGAGUUGCACAGAGCCCCCAAAAAUGGGACGAAGAAGGUUUUAGAGCUCUCCGCAGGAGAAUAGUCGCCUCAGACGCUCCAGGUGUCUGUGAAGAGCAGAUGCUGCUGGCGCCCGCACCAAAGAAGCAACUGCAGAUGCUGUUGCUCCCAAAACUCAAUGAGGGGUCCUGCGGCUGCGAAUCCCGGAAGCAACAACAGGACGAUUUGACUUUGAUCCAGCAGCAGGAGCAGCAGCAGCAACAGAAAGAGCAAGAGCAACACCGACUGCAGCAACAAUGUAGUCAGCUGGUCCAGCCCGUCGUUCACCAACGGGACCCUCCACAGGAAGACCAGCAUUACCGUGACACGCAGCUUCAAAAACGGAAGCAGCAAAUUGGUAAUCAGAACCAGCAACUACAGGUUGUUCAAAACAGGCAGCAAGCGCCCAUUCUUAAUGAAGAGGAGCAGCACCGACGUCUCCUUUGUCAGGAAGAGCAGGAAAAGCGUCAUCUGACAGACUACUCAGCUCGCACAACUGGAAGUUCAGAAGCUGUGCCGUGUUGCGUGUCGACACUACCGCUACCCACAACAGCUGUAGAAGUCGCAGAAGCAACAGGGUCAACAGCAGCAGUUGCAAAUGUUGGUGUAUUGCGGAAAGCUUCGACCCGAAAGCGGCGUGUCAAGAACAAAGGAGCCCAGCAACGAAAAAUCAAGCUAGCAGCGGCUGUUGCCGAAAAUUCCUUAAGUUCUCCUAGUCGUAAUGCAGCAGAGGCAGAACUGACAGACACAGAGGCAACGGAACCCCGCCCAGAAACGACAGCAGCGGCAAAUGCUCCUUACUGUGGGGCAAAGCACGACGAGAUGCUGCAGCAAGAUGCUCCCGUGCAAGUGAAGCCUCGAAAAAGGUAUAAAGGCAAGGCAGCUCCUGCAGUUAAGCGCAGCACGCAACAACAGCGACUGCAGCGGAUACAGCAAAAAGAGCAACUGAUGCAGCAGCCUAAUUUUUGGCAUUCUCCUGCUAAGCAGCAGAAAAGACGUCUGCAAGAGCUGCAGCAGGAACUGCAGCGACAGCGGCAUCAACAGACAUCUUCGCUGCCUAUCCCACAAGCAAAUGCACAGAGUCCAACAGAGUGUUUGCCGAUGCACGCACAGCCUGACUCUGCUGCUGGCAGUGCUGAUCUGUGGGUGAUGCCGGCAGCGUUGCUAGCUGCUUCUCAGGAAGGGCAGCAUCUGCAGAAGCAGCCGCAGCAGCUGCAGCAGCAGCCACAGGGACCGCCGCAGCAGCUGCAACCUCAGCCGCCGCCACAGCAGCAGCAUCGGUGGCAGGUUCGCCUGGAUCACUGCCCCAUGGCGCAUACAGCAGGAGGAUAUGAUAUACAGCGCCACCGGACUCAACAGAACAAACACGGUGUUGAAGAGACUUUAUCAAUGGUCCCUGCAGCGCAACCGCAACAAACGAAGCUGCACCAGCAAAAAGAACAGUUGAUGUCGCUGGAUGGGUUCGUCCACCCUGCUGUCGUGCACCAGGAGAAGCGGCAACAGGAGACUACUUCAUCAUUUUUCGAAGCAGGCCAUCAGGCACAAGAGCUGCAACAUGUUCUAUCUGAGCAGCUGGACCACCAGCCGCUGCAACGCUCGCCAAAGAGGCUAGAGCGACAGCCGAUGGAGCGCCGGCUUCUGUGCAUGCGACGCUGUUACUCUUAUCCGGAGCUGCCAUUCGUGUACACGCAGGAGGAGCUGGAGAAUGCAACAAUGAUAAUAUGCCGGCAGCAGCAACAGCGGUCUCCGUCGACGCAGCAGCUACCACAACGAAGCCCCUGGCAGCACCAGCAGAUGCUGCAGCAGCAACAGCAGCAGCCGCAGCCUGUUGAGUUUGGCUCGAUUAAUGCACAAGACGAAACGUGCCGCCUCGUGUACACACUCCCAGCCUUAUCGAACCCGUCACGAAAAGCGUGCGCCAGGUAUCGCUGUGAUACUCAUAAGAGCCCCACUGUUUUGACAGCGCGUAAAGAGGUGUAUGAGGCCUUGGUACCCACUAUGAGCUUCAUCCGCGGAAAAGCUGAGCAUGCGCUUCUGCAGCAGGAUGUGGAAAGGCAGGUACCUUUUACUGUUGCUGCUGCAGCUGCUCAUGAGCCUGCAGCUGUCCAUAUGCCUGGCGACCCUGCAGCCCUCGCUACUGUGCCAGUGGCCGCAGCGCCCAUCAAUGCCAGUGUUUUCCCUGAGUUUACUGCUUUGCCUUUUUCUCGUGCGCCUGAUGCCGCUGCCAAGCCCGAUAUUUCCUCGCCUGCCGCCGCCAUGCCGUCUGCUGCCAAGUCUGCAUUCGUCGCACCUGCUGCUGCUGCGUUUGCAAAGGAGAACAAGCCCUCCCCCAAGCGCUUGCCCAUGCGCAGUCAACCAGUGACAUCGAAUCUUGAAUGCAGAAGACGUGUGGCCCCUAAAACUGGUAUCUGUACGGAAGAGCUCAAAACACAACAGCAACGCUCCACGACUAACUCCAGUAGUAGUAGCAGCAUCAGUACCGGGAGCAACAAUAGCAGCAGCUUCUGGUGCAGCGUAAGGCUCGCGGACGACUUUGUUCCUUUCCAACAAAAACCUAACAAGAAAAGAAAGCAGAAGAUUACCUCGAAGGGAAGGCCUAACGCUGCAGCGGGCGCAGCAGACGCAGCAGGUGAAGCAAAAGGAAGCCCUGCAGCGGCAGCUGACUCAGCAACCACGCCUGCAGCAGCUGCUACAACAGUGACUUUGACGAAGGCGAAGGCGGCAAAAAGCGUCAACCAGCAGCGUCUGCAGCAGAAGCUAGCAGAGCAGCCGCAACUGGUGGGCCAACAGAACAGCCAAAAGCGUUCCCAGAGUUAUGAGAAGCAGGCGCUGUAUCAAGCUAACUGCCAACAACGACAGCAGCUGAAUGUGCCGUUCGAUCUGCACAAGCGGGAGCAGCAGCAAGAGGAAGAGCACCAAAAGCAGCAACAUUAUUGCCAACAAGAAAAGCAACAGCACCCGCAACAGCAACAGCAACAACACAAGCACACAAAGGACAAAAGCCAGCAACAGGAGUACGUUCAGCAUGCUCAGCAGUCAGAUGGGCCCAUUACCGAGCAGCAGCAGUGUGCCUUGGAAGAAUUGCAGCAGCGACAAAAGAAGCUAAGAUGUUCUGAGGCGCACAUAAACCAGCACCAAGGAGAAGUGCUUGCGUACCCUGAUGCUCCGCAUGCAGCUGCAGCUGCGAAGCAGCAAGCGAAGCUACGUGCUCAACGGUGCAGGAAGCAACUGCAGAAGCAAAAGCAGAGGCAGCAAAAAAAAGACCAGCAACAGCGGCAGGAACAACUGGGGGAGCAGGAUCAGCAACCGGAACAAAACCAACUGCUGCAAUCUCAAGAUGUGCAACAUCCGCAGCAACUGCACCGGCUCCAACAGCUACAGUCCCAACAACAGAUGCAACUGCAACACUUGCAAAAACAGCUUCGCCUGCAGCAAGAGCAACAAAAAGAGCAGCAGAUGUUGCUGCUCCAACAGCAACAGCAACUCCUCCAGCAACCAGCGUCAGCCCCUGACCUGUGCUUCAACCUCCCAAAACCGUCGGGCUGGAUGCUCCAACAGCGGCCCUCAUCACAGCAGCAGCAGCAGAUGCAAGAGCAACUGCAGCAAGGGCAAGCGCAAAAUUCUGCGCGCCUGGAAGAUGACGCUUUGCAAGUGCACCUGACGCCUCCACUAUUACCUGAUAGCCAAUACGCUCAGCAAUAUUUGCUGCUUCAGCAGCAACUGCAGCAGCGGCAGCUGCAGCAGCAGCAAAAGGUCCUGGCUCAGUCUCACCAGCGUUUAGAGAUGCUCUCGCACGCACUGCAUCAGCUACAGUCUUCGCAGCCGCAAGAAGAGAUGCAACAUGAAGCAAUAACCGUUGCAACCAAAGUUGCAGGACAUCUUACCAAGCCGCUGAAUCCUGGGCUAUCAAUGGUAGCAUUAGACGCAGCUCCAGCAGAGGCAGCAAAGACUGGUACGAAGCAGCAACUGCUGGAGGUUUGA